GCCAGCCUUCUGUUCUACAAAAAUGACACUGGAGAGGAACUCAUUCAUCUUCUAAUGUUGUAAGUGCUUUAAGCUGCUUGGUUUAACUUUCAAGUCAGAUGAAUGUAGUAGUACAAGGUAUUAAGGACAUUGAAUUGAAGCGGCAGCGUGUGAUAGAUGGCAUUAAGGUGCUUCUUUAGGUUUUCAGAAGGGGAGUUGAUGCGGUCAGUUUCUAAGCCUUGCUCUAGAUUAAUGAGACAAACAGCUGGAAUUUUUAGGGCUGUAGGAGCUUUUGAUUUCUAGAUUCUCUGUAGAUUGCAUUAUGGUCCUACAAUUACAAAUCCUAGGAGUCUUCGGUGGGCUGCUUGUAGAGCUUUUUGUUGGAGUUCAACUUCUGCUCUGCUGGUCCGCCUUUUCAGCCCUGAAUGUGAACCCCAGAAUAUAGCUGCUCAUGACAAAGUAAAAUGGCAAUAGGUUACCCACGAGGGUUGAAUUAUGCUGCGGUAAAUGAGCAAUUUGAGACAAUACAUUUUCUCGGUUGACCACCAGGACCGAAUUCAUGCAGUGCCUGAUUGUCCAAUAGUUCGAUUUUUAUCAAAUGACUGGUUGAGUCUUGAAUCAGCUCCCUCUGAGAGGCUGGAGUCAGAAGAGAACAUACUUUUAGAAUGGGGAUUGGAGACAGAGCAGAGCCGUAGCUCUUAUCAAUGUUUGGAAAAGUAAAAUAGCUAUUGAUGGGAGGCCUAUUCUCAAUUUUUUUUGUUGUUUAAUAUUCUUGUGAUUAUUCGAUCUGGGAAAGGUUCUUUAA